CGUUAAACUGCAGCUGUCCCACAACCUGCACUACAGAUGCGCUCCAUACUGGCACACCUCUAGGUCACAGAAAAUGAGGGGCUUGCUCUAAUCACACCAACCAAAAAACAUCCAGUAAUUGGGCAGGUUUGGAAAAAAAAAAGUACAGCCGCAAAAGGUAUUUACAAAGUGCCAGAAGCCCUGAGUGCUCAGAAGUCAGAGAGGCGCACUGGAAAAGGAGGCGACGACCAUCCCUGAGCUGCCCAAGUAACAACAGGAGGCCACUUACACACAGAUAUGAAGCUUAUUCUGUUCCUGACAGUAGCUGGAUUUUGCGGGCUAGCACUUUGUCAGCAGGACGACACCUACUUCUGGCUGUCCUAUCUGCGGAGCUACUGGCUUGGGUACAGUAGGUUUGCUGAUCCAAGCCCUCAAAGAGCGCAGGGCAGAGAUUGUCCCCUGGAAUGUGACUGUCCUCCCAAUUUCCCAAUUGCCAUGUACUGUGACAGCCGUAAACUAAAACAUGUACCUUUUGUGCCAUCCCGUAUGAAGUAUGCAUAUCUCCAGAACAACAGGAUCACCUUCAUCCAGGAGGGAGUGUUUGACAAUGCCACUGGGCUGGUGUGGAUCAUGCUACACAGAAACCAGUUAACUGAUGAAAAAAUUGGGAAGAAUGUUUUUGCCAAGAUCAUCAACCUGGAACGUCUUUAUCUUGACCAGAACAACUUGACCGUCAUCCCCUCUCCUUUGCCAUCAUCACUGAAGGACUUGCGCCUGUCUAACAACAAAAUAGCCAAGAUCCCAACUAAUGCCUUUGAGGGAAUGGAGAAUCUCACCAGCCUAAUCCUCAAUAACAAUCAAAUUGAAGACAUCGGAGGAUCUUUGAAAGGACUCCAAUCCCUCACUCUGCUGGAUUUAAGCAACAACUAUUUGAAAAAGCUCCCAGAGCAGCUGCCAGGCCAACUGCAUCAACUUUACCUGGAGUUCAACAGCAUCAACACCAUUCCAAAUGAGUAUUUUAGGAAGCUCCCCAAACUACAGUAUGCCCGGCUCUCCAAUAACAAGCUGACUGAUGAAGGAGUUCCAUCUAACGCUUUCAAUGUCAGCAGCCUGAUUGAGCUGGACUUGUCCUACAACAAACUUCAGAAGAUUCCUCUAGUCAACUCCAACCUGGAGAACCUCUACUUGCAUGCCAAUCAAAUCAAAGAGUUCUCACUUGGCAGCUUCUGUAAGGUGGUGGACAUAAUGAACUUCUCGCACCUGAGGGUCCUACGGCUAGACGGAAACUCCAUCCCCCUGAGUGCCCUCCCGCCGGAGACGGCCCUCUGUCUGCGCCUGGCAUCAGUCAUUGAUUUGUAGGCUGAUGAUGGGCAAUAUUGGGUGGAAACCCACUUGAAGCUGAGGGUAUGGAAUGGCAGUGGAUGUGUUUAUGUGUAAAUGGGUUCCUGUUGGCCACCUUUGUGCCGUCACCUACACCCACUGCUGCCCAUAGCUGAAAAGAUAUGUGAUGUGAGGAAGGUGUGUGCGAAUGGAGGGUGAGCUAUGUACAGUAUCUAUCACUCAUGUGGGGCCCAUUAAUCAUUACUAAUCUUCUUUGUGUCUGUGUGUGCACUUGUGACUCCCCACCACCAUAGGUGACACCUGGAGAUCAUACAUCUAACUAUAAUCAGAAAGUCUUGUGAAUGGAUGAACAUGACUUCAGUCUUGUAUAGCAUAUAUGGAAACAGUCUGCCAUAGAAAAUCCAACUCAUAUGCGACUGGUGGACUUUGAAAAUUAUUCUAACUUUAAAUAUUUUGAAACCCUUGAUCACAAAUUGAAUUACGUGGGUUUGACAAUAAUAUGUUAUAUUAUGUUACAUUUGUAAGCACCGAUUAGUUAAGACUGUAUGGAUUCUAAUUACUUGAGUGACUAACUUACUAAUGUGCUAUAAAUUAAUUACUGUAUUUGUAUAAAUACUGAAUAAAACAUUUUUAUUAAAAACAA